AAUCAACUGUAGCUGUAUAAACACGCGGAUAGAUGAUAGAAAUUACAACAAUGGGAGCUCUCAUUGUUACGGCGGUGGGUAUUGUACUUGCAACUAUAUUACUAGUAAUAACAGCUACCAAGGUGUUUUCACGCAGUCACUCAAAAGCUAGUACUAUUAUUCCAGACAAAUCAUCAUCAAUAAUAACAACAUCAUCUUCAUCUUCUCGGUCGUGGAAAUAUGAUGUGUUUCUUAGUUUUAGAGGUGAAGAUACACGCAAGACUUUUGUAGACCAUCUCUACUUUGCUCUCGAACAACAUGGCAUCCUUACAUACAAGGAUGAUGUGACACUUGAUCGGGGUGACACCAUCGGUCCAUCACUCUUGAAGGCGAUUGAAGAAUCGGAGAUUGCUCUCGUUAUAUUUUCUGAACAUUUUGCUGAUUCUUCUUGGUGUUUGGAUGAGCUUUCAUGUAUUAUGAAAUGCCACCAAGAAAAAAGAGGCCAAAUUGUUAUGCCUAUAUUUUAUAAUGUGGAUCCCUCUGAUGUGAGUGACCAGAUAAGUCAAUUUGGUAAAGCAUUUGCCAAACACAAAAACAACAACAACAAAGUUGUAUCAUGGAAAAAAGCACUCGUUGAUGCAAGUAACAUGGCUGGUUGGGAACCCAAGCACGUUGCCAAUGGGUAAUUUUUUAAUUUCUUCAUAUAUAUAUAACGGUCGGCUGUUAACCGAUUGGUCGUAGUUUCGAAUCCUCUUUUGGGGGUUUACAAGUCUUCAUAGAUUCAGAUGGCAUCGUCACACCCAUAUUUCGACCGGAAGAAUCUAACAGAGACAAAGUGAGUGUAAGGUUGUCACACACCCAACUUGGGUGAAAAUCCCAUCACAUACAAGUUUUCAAAUAUUUUUUGUAUAACUAAUAGAUUAUUGGGCCUCAUAAUUUUUAUGAAAUAAAUAAUUUAGAUGUGA